AUGAUCAGCGAGGAAGAGGCCCCGAGGGUACUACGACGGGAAAGACGCUGUCCUACUGAUACUAUACUUAGGAUAAUACCUGUCCAUGCGAAGCCUUAUGUUCUGGAGCGCCUUUUCCGCUCUACCUCGCACAAGUGCCUUCACUCAAAAGUAUCGAUCGCAAGGAUGACAGCUCUGGGCAUAGAGAGGGAAGGAAUAAUUGGCGCUAUUGUCUCCGAAACAGUUUUCAGCCGAGAAGGCAAGCAAAUGGAUAAUGGAAUGAUGCUUCUCGAUUUUCUCCUGUCGCACCUCCUUGACAAAACUUGGGCAGCCAUCGUAGAGACAGAUGAUCUUAACUCACAAACCUGGGUAGAUGGAGCUCAUUUAGCUCCAUUUCUACAUCUAAGAAAAGAACCUCAACACAUCUGCGGCCUGGUGAUUCUUCUUUUAUUGUCCAGUCUGACGAAAAGGAUGGGUCUAAUUCCGCACAUUAUAUCUGGUCCACAUGCAGAUAGUUCAGGUCUUUGGUCACUCGAGAUUAACCCAGGUGAUGACAAUCUUGCUAGGCAGCAUCCUAGAUGA